AUGCGCAGUCACUGCCACGGUCGCCCAUCUAGCGCCAGUCUUUAACACAAACUCGCGCAGGCCGCACGCGUGUCAAAAUAAAUCAUUAAUAAAAAGUGAUACGAUAUUCAUUUUCGAAUGACAUAAAAUAGUGCUGUGUUGUGACGUAAUAACGAACAAGUUUUAUUUCUGUCUACUAUUAAAAUAGAGCGUCAAGAUGAAUACGUUUGUACUACUGUUCGGGUUAUCAAUUUGUAUGGUCGGCGUCUACGCGAGACACUUAGAAGAUCACAUUAGUGAUUCUGCAUCAUUAUCACCAGACCAAAACGAGGGAAUCAGGAAGCAUGGUUCAGAGUCGCGCCAUCGCCGAAGGAGGUGGCAAAUGAACUAUGGAUACGACUAUUCUCUACCACCAACACAUUCUUACUACCCAGAACGAAGGGAAUACGAUAGUCGCAAUCAGCAGCAAGAUCUUUUACCGCAGAUAGUGAAAUUACUCGAAGAAAUCGCCACUUACGUGAAAAGGCCAGCAGCUCCAGUAGCGCCGCAGCCUAUCUACAUUCCCUACCCUGUACCCUACCCAGUACCUCAAUACGGUUGUUCGGACAAUGCAACCAAGAAACCAUCGAUUCACACCAGAUUCCCUGAAAUGGAAGACACGAAUCAAAAUUGGGGAUUUGUCACUAAUAAAGAUGACGACACGGAUGACUUAAGUGAUGCUGGCAGACCGAUCUCAUUCGAACCGCUUAAACCUCUUCGACCAUUGAAACGACCCUCGCCGAAGGUGGAACAUGGCAGCAGUCAAGCAGAUAACAAGCAGCCAUCUACUCCUGCACCACAAUUCCAUGACCAGCCCGGCUCAUUGAGAACACCGAGUAUGUGUAACGCUGCUAUCCUCUCAUGCUGUGCUGACGAUAAGCCACAACAAAAAGUGUGCUUCAACGGAUUUGGAUGUGGUGUCUCAUACGAUAAUGGAAACGCUUGCAGCGACGAAUCUAUAGCAGCUGCUCUGGAUUCUUUUAAAUCAGCAUACUCGCCCGUGCAGUGAGUCUUUGUAACUAAAUUAUAUAAAAAAUAAUCAUUGUCAGUAUUGUCGCAACCGCAUCAGUGGUUUCUAUGUUAGAUAUUGUUGUAUUUGUUUAUGUUAACUUCCAAAGCCUACUGAUGUAUGAAGCCUGUAAAAUAUGUCUCUUUGAUAUCAUUUUACUAUACGACAAAUUUGAGAAUAUAAAACACAAAUAUAUUUCAUUACAAUAUUCACUUUGGUCGAUCAAUCAGAGUAGCUAGCUUGUGAUAUAGUAAAUACUGGGCACAUUAUCAACAAUUCAGGCACCUGUUACAGUUACACAGUACGCUUAUUGUGUUUAAUGUAUUUUAGGAAAUUCAAUGUAACAGGUUCUUUUGUAAUGCGUCAUGUAUUCAGAAGUAGCCUCGGACAAGCCUGGACGUAAGUCCAUUUAGUUUUGGAACCAACUGAAUCAAUACUGAGUAGAUUGGAAUACAAAUAUAAAUGAAACAUACUAUUUUGAAAUUAUUUUCAUUGCAAUUUUUUCUACAGCAGAAUUAAUUAUUUAUGUUAUAAGGAUCAAGCCAAACCACCUGUAAACAGUAAUUUUAACAUGUAACACAAUAUUAGUAUUUUUGUACUAAAAUACUUGUUUUCGAUGCCAUAUUUAAUUAUCGUUCCUUUUGCUUGUGUAAAUACAUAUUGUUUUAAACGAUAUUAAUGACUGUUGCGCACUAUUCUGGAUGAACUUAGAAUUAUUAGAUGUUGUUGUUAUUGAUGUUCUGUGUAAUAUUUCAAGUAAUUACUCCUAUUCUUGUUAACCAGAGUGAAUCUAGUAGAAGAGAAGUAGGUUUAAUUCUCUGAUAUUUCAGACCAAAUUAAUAACAAUCUAUCGAGGUUUUGUUAACAGUUUAGUGUCUAACAGUCGACCAGCAUUUAUGUACGUCACUUAGAAAGUAAUUUGUUGUAGUCUUAUUUUUAUUGGCAGCUGAGCAAUCGAAUAAGUGUUUCCUAGUCUGUAUUUUAGCAUUAGUAUGUAUAAGUAAUAAAUAAAAGAAUAACAACUA